UUUGCAUGUGACGACAUUUCAUUCAAUGCUACGACGUCGCCAGCAUCGCGGCGCCAACGUUGGUUUACGUGUGGUCGAGCGCCAUGUAGAAAUCGCCGGCGGGGUCGUCCUGCACACUCGAGUCGCGUUGUCGCACGAUCGCCAACACCGCCAGGACAGACGCGACAAUAACGCCGGCCGCGGCAAAACCAACCGACGUCCACUCGACCGAUGCGAUCGAGGCGCGGGCGAGGGCCGAUAACAUCGUCGUGGUUUUGGUCGUGUCAUAGUACGCUUUGGCUUUUUGGCACCAGUGGUUGGGAGCAGCGAAGUCGGCGGCCGAGCAUGUCCAUGGGUGGAUAGCUCCCCACGCAAUCACAGGGGUCGCCACUUGGGUGCAUUUGACGGUCCCGCCGACCGUCGAACACUGCGUCUUGGUAGGGGGUGCCGGGGACGUUCCAAGACUGGCCACGACUGCCUUGCACGCUGACUCGGACGCUUGCCACACGCAUCCGUUGCCGUUCGUCGACAGGCACUGAAUGUUGCCGGUGGGGGUGCGUCGAACGGGGGUAAAAAUGCCACCGACGCACUCCCACGACCUCGGCGCCAGCGCCUUUCGCGACAGCUCGCACCAGUGGUUGGCAGUCCCGUAGCCAGGGUCGCCCCACUCGACUUGGUGCAUCGCGCCACACGCAACGGGGUCGAUCGAUGCAGCGGGGGCGCGUGUGUCGACGAGGGCCUGGCAGUCUUCUGCACUCGAUUGCCACAGGCAGUCGUGGUGGUUGGACGACAUGCACUCGACUUCGCCGGUGGUCGGGUUGACGCGGACGGGUGUCGAGACGUUGGGGACGCAUGUCCAUGCGGUCGGCGCCGUCGGGCGGACGAGUGUGCGGUACGCCCGAGCACACCAAUGGGUCGGGGAAUCGUACCCAGUGACACCCCACUCCUUCAAGUGGUCCGUCCCGCACACGAGGGGAUUCUCGGCCAACGGGUCGAUUUGCUGGGCGUAUUUGACGGCGACGCACUCUUCAUGGUUGGUUUGCCAUGCGCAGUCGUGGUGAUUCGUGCUGAGGCACUCGACGUUGCCCGCCGUGUUGAUUCGGAUGGGGGAAUUGAUGCCCAUGACGCAGAGCCAGGGGGAGGUCGUAGCGGCGCUGCCUCCCUGUUGAGGCGUUGCCAGCGCAAUGGUCGCGACGACCGCCGCUGCGAUCGCACUAGUGCGAGCCAUGCCAAGUUGAAAAGUGAACCGGCGUCCUCGUGAUACAUCCAUCGUGUCUCU